AUGCAGGAAGGUGUGACUGAUUUCAGAGCCCUCCGAGCAAAAUUUCAAAAUGACUCCAACUUGGCCGACAAGCUGGUGCAGCCGCUCAAGAAGCCUCCCACUGAAAUCCCUCCCAAGUUGGGCUCUGGAGGGAAUGCCGUGUCCAACUCUCUGCCCCUGAGUAAGAGAGAAGUGAUAAUACUAAAACCCAAGGAUGAACCUGCCUGUCCUGCCGCCCAACCCUCUGCGCUCACCCAGUGCAGCCCCUUGGUGUGGCCUCGAGCCAAACUGGGUUACAUGGAGCCGACGGGGCACAAAGAAGAGCACAAAGGCAACGUCUCGGAGAAGGGGCUGAGUUCUCCCAAGAACAGUCCAGAGAAGCCUCUGCCAUCCUAUUGCACUGACUGGCAAGGAUCAGCCCAAACAUCUCCAGAGGGCCCUCCGCUCCCAAAUUCUUUCCACCAUGCCCUACAGAUCUGGGAAAACACUUUAUCCCGCGGCGAGAAAGCAAGUGCAACGCUCCCAACCCAACGGGCAGCAAACUUAUACGUGCACCCCUGCCCGGAGCAGAGGGCGACACGUGCUCCCGCUGCGUCGGGCUGCAGCAGGAUGCGACCGUCUGGAAGCGAGCCCACGCUGGACUUGCCUGCCCAGAAGAAGGGUGCUCUGCGCGGCAGCGAGCCGGCUCUUCCCCAGGCUCCCAGAGGACACAGGAGCUCUGAUGAAGCCGCUGCUGAGAGCGCGGUGGCAACUGUGUUCUGCCAGCCGGGUUAUCGUGCGCCAGGAGGGCAACCUCGGCAGCAGAAAGCAGAAUCAGAGCCUCCCUUCUGCCAGCCUGGAGCAGGAAAGUGCUCUCACAGCUCUGGGAGCAAGCGGCCAAGAAUUAAACCUCUCCCUUCAGCUGAAUCCCUGGGUCCUGCCCCUGGGAAGCCUGCAAGACCCCCGAAGUUUGAUCUCAGUGCUUUCCGAAGUGCCGUGCCUUUGGUCCACAGAGGAAAUGAAACAACUGCUGACGAAGAGGAUUACUUGACCCCCGAAAGUGCUCAACUUGAAGAGCAGCAUAAUUACGAAGAAACCCCAACGUACCUGAAUCAGUCUGGGGACACCGCAACCUUGUGUGUCAUUGAAGUACCUAAGGCAGAGCCUCAAGAACACAAGAAACAGAAGACUUUUCUCUUUGCCAAAUCCAGUCCUGGAAGAGCUAUAAUAGAGGAUGAAAAAGAGGAAAAACCAAGUCUUGAAGGAGAGAAACAGGAAGCAAAGAAAAUUUUCAAGACAGGUGGAAAUGAAUACGUAUCUCCCACUAGCCAAACCAAGGAAGACGGUAGAGGUGGAAUGAAGGUGCGGCAAGUGAAGCAGGAUGUGGCCAGUACCCAGACUGCAAAGCAUCCUACCCCACAAGGGCUGGCAAAAGACGGAGCGGAGCUCUUGCGCUGUGUGUAUGUUGGUGCUCCAAAGCCAGGGGUAGAAAGAACAGCCUUGAACCAAAACAUGCAGUCUCUGCAGGCACCAGAGGAUAUAUAUGAUGACGUUGAGAAAAUGCAAGAUAGACUCAGCCACGCGUCAGAUGCCUCAAGUCCGUUUGCUUCAGCCAGCAUUUCAGGAAACAGCUAUGAAGAAACAUAUGAAGAUGUUGAGAUUGGGGGUGGUAAUCCAGCAAAAACGGAAACAGAAAAACAAAACAGAUUUGGAAACUUGUUUAAGAUAGAAAAGUUGAAGCUGAAGAAUAUCAGGUUCAAGGAAAACUUACGAUUGUUUUCCGUUUCGGUACCGAAUUUAGCGGCUGUUUCCCAGGAGGACAUGGUGUACGAUGAUGUCGAGGUGGGGCAGAGAGAGCCAAGAGAGAAGGACGACAAGUACAAAACCUGGAUGCCAAAAUUUCUGAUGGCAAAAGAGGAUAAGGACCAAAGGAAAAGCAGCGAUGAUGUGGAAAGAAAUAUCUUCAAAGUCAAGAAGAGCAAUGCAGAAAAAAGCAAGAAGAUGGAAAAAGAAGAGAGGUUUUUUAGGGAAACAUUUAUGUACGAUAAGGAGAUCAAUGUCAUCAACACAGCCACUGCCGAGUGCUCGGUCCCCAGUAAGAGGAGAGUUGAUCUCCCGGUCACAGCUGGAGAACAGCUGGACGUUAUCGAUGUCACGGAGGGCAACGCAGUGAUUUGCCGCAAUGCGGAGGGCAGAUAUGGGUAUGUUCUAGUGGAGCAUUUGAACUUCAGACAGUACUAACUGCCCCGAGAGCUGCUCUCCCCCGG